AUGGCUACAUUAGAGGAUAAAAUAUUGGGUGAGAAAUUGGAAUAUUACUGCAGUUCAAGUGAAGACGAAGAAAAAGAUUCUGGAGAUUCAGAUUCUGAGGAAUCAAAAUCAGAAUUGAAAGGAAGUGUUCAGUCAGAGGAAAUUCCUUCUUCGAGUUAUGAUGAGUGGAAUGGUACUUCCAGUAACACUGGCCCUAAAGGUGUUUUAAAGGAUUGGCAAAGAUUUAAACAAUUGGAGUCGGAAAAAAGAGCCGACCAAGAACGAGAACGUUUGCAAUUAAUUAAAAAAUUAAGUAUUACUUGUAGAAGUGCAUUGGACGAUGAAAAAGAAAAACUUAGUGAAACAGAUCCAGAAUUAGCGGAAUUGCUUGAAGAUGAUUUUUUACUUGAAUAUCAAAAACAAAGAAUGAAAGAAAUGCUAGUGAAAGCAAAUAAAUUUCAAUUUGGUACUUUAAUUAAUUUAAGUAGUGCUGAUGAAUUUUUAGAUGCUAUUGAUAAAGAAGAUAAGUCUGUGACUGUUGUUGUACAUAUUUACGAGAGAAACAUUCCUGCGUGUGAAGCUAUGAAUGGGAGUUUAAUAACAUUAGCUCAAGAAUAUACGAACAUAAAAUUUUGUAAAAUUCUUGGUUCGACAGCUGGCUUAAGUAAGCAUUUUAAAAAACGAGGGGUUCCAGCUCUUCUUGUUUAUAAAAAUGGCCAAGUAAUUGGUAAUUUUGUCAAUGUAUCUGACACAUUAGGAACUGACUUUUAUGCUUCAGAUGUUGAAAACUUUUUGCUUGAAAAUGGAAUCAUCGUAGAUAAAAAUAAUAUAUCAAAAAUAAUUGCUGAUUCAAUUAAUGAUGACAGUGAAUAA